AUGACACAGCUAUUAAACUUGCCAUUCGAGAUAAUACGACUCAUAGUCGAGUGCCUACAGUCUAAACACGACAUUAACGCGUUGAUCCAAACCUGCCGCUUUCUCUAUGACGCUUUUGACAGCCAUCUGUAUCAGUAUGACAUGAGAUACGCCUCACGCUCGGCACUGAGAUGGGCUGCCCGGUAUGGCCACGAUAUUGUAGUGGCAAAGUCUCUGGCCGCAGGUCCGUAUGUCGAGUUCACCGGCUUAUUGAACGGGGCCACACCGUUGCUUCUGGCCACCAGAUAUGGCCAUGCGGACAUUGUCAAACGCUUACUGCUGCUGGCCGGCCGGAUUGAUCUAGAAGCCUGGGACACUUGGUCUGGCCGUACGGCCCUGGCAGAAGCGGCCGCGAGCGGCCAAGCAGAAAUAGCCAAGCUACUACUGGAGAAGGGCGCCAAUGUUGAAACCAAGGAUCGGGAUUCCUGCAGUCCUCUGUUGCUAGCCGUGGAGAACGGCCACUAUGAGGUAGUGAGGAUGUUACUCGACCACGGGGCGCCUGUGAACACCAGACACAAGCACUACCAAACGCCACUCUCACUGGCUGCUGAAAGGGGACACUUGAAGUGCGUUGAUUUUCUGCUUCAGUAUGGCGCAAUGGUGGACUCCCAGGAUGGGUAUGGUAGGACUGGGCUGUUCCAUGCGGCAAAGAACAGUUAUGAUGCGGUCGUUAAGCGAUUGCUGGAGGCAGGCGCCGACCCUAAUAAGCGGGCCAGCCGGGUUAAUGGAUGGACACCUUUGCAUCAGGCGACCUGUAAUUCGAAUGUAUCCGUGAUCAGACUCUUGCUCGGGGCUGGGGCUGAUCCGAGGGCCACUGACGAGCAGGGCCAUAUACCAGCGCACUUGGUGGACUCAAACGGGUCAGCUGGUUUUUCGCCAUCUGAAAGUGAGGUCGUGCGUGACUUGCUCGUCAAGGCUGCUGCUGGAGAAUGUUACCUGACGCUGUGA